AAUUCAUCUUGCAUAUGAAGCAUGGCUUGGUGGGCCAGUGCAAUAUAGGUGGAUGUAUCCGUUUGAAAGGUUUAUGGGACAAUCAAAACGUUCAGUGAAAAAUAAAGCUAGAGUGGAAGGAUCGAUAUGUGCAGCUUACUUAUAUCGUGAGACAACAUAUUUUUGUUCACAUUAUUUCAAAAACUUUAUGUUGUUGCCAAACAAUGUUAGGAAUGAAACACAAUGCCAAACUGGUACAUGUCAAUCAACAUUGUCAAUAUUUCAACAAGUGGGUCGUCCCACGGGCAAGAAGUUUACUUAUUGGUUAACUGAUGCUGAAUUCAACUCUGCUCACGUCCACGUGUUACUUAAUUGCAUCGAAGUUAAGGUCUACCUUGACUCAUUUCUUAUGGCAAUGCAAGUCCCAAAAGGAAGUAGUUCUAGUUUAAUACACUCGGAGUUUCCACAGUGGUUCAAAUAUCAAGUUCAUAACCAAGCAUUAAGUCCCAUAAUUCAAGAUCUAAGAGAUUUGUCAAAUUGGCCCAUGAGAUGUGUUAAAGAAUGGCACACAUAUUUUGUCAAUGGGUACAAGUUCCACACAAAUGCAUGGUCCAAAGGAAGGAAGACAACUAAUUGUGGUGUGUUUGUGAAGAGACUUACCGAGGGUGGUUAUGAUGAUUUCUAUGGGAUUAUUCAAAAAAUUUAUGAGCUGGAGUACAAUACUUCAUCUACUCCAAAGAGAGUAGUUGUUUUUUAUUGUGAAUGGUUUGAUCCUUCUAGGAAUGGAACAAGAGUGGAUCCUAGGUAUAAUAUUGUUGAAAUUCAAAUGACUUCACGAUACCGCCCAUUUGAUCCAUUCAUCCUAGCACACAAUGUUAGACAAGUUUAUUACGUUCCAUAUCCAAAUUUUCAUACCAUUGACAAAUGUGGUUGGUGUGUUGCUAUACAAACAAAGCCUAGAGGUCGAAUUGAGUCAAAUGAUGUUCAAGAGGAAAUCCCUUACCAAGUUCAUGAAAUGGAACAUGAAAAUGAAAUUAUUGAAGUUGAAGGUAUAUCUGCAUUGCAUGACUUUGAUGGUGACGAUGAAGAGUUGGAGGGACAAAACCAAGAACAUGAAGAAGGAGAAGAAGAGGAUGAAGAAGACGACGACGAAGAUGAAGAAGAAUUUGAAGACGAUGAAGAAGACGACGAUGAAGAUGAUGAUGAUUCUUUGCAUUAUGAUGAUCACAGUGACGGUUCCAACAAUGAUGACAAUAACGAUGAUGACGACGAUUAAGACGAUUGUAUUAGAACAACCCUUGUGUUAUGAUGCAUGUCAUUCGUAUGGCAGUAGAGCUGGGACAUGUUGUUCAUGUUGAUGAGGUGUUUACACAAACUCAUCUCC